AAAGGUUUGGCAGGCAGGAACAGAGUUCCAAUAUUGAAAUAUUGAGAAGAAACGAUACCAGUAGUUCUUUUGUGUGGGAGGCAAUUGAUUAUGAUGGCAAGACAAGGCAAAACUUAAAUGAGAUCGACGCAUCCUCAGCAGCAAUGCCCCCAGUGACAAUUGACACGUAUUGAGGGCUGUCGUCAAGACUGAUCUCUCCGCUGAUAGCAGAGAGUGGACAAUGGCAACAUAACAAAAGAUUCCAUAACCCUUCAUAAGCUUUACUGACAAAAACCUACUAAUUUGAAAUCUUGAAUUCGAUCUUGAAGGGAAUGCAAUGACUAUUAAGCAGAUUGAUGCCUGGCCACCAGGGGUUAAGUUAUAAGGUUUCUUAAAGUCCCAAGAGAAGGAUGGCCACUUACUGCUUUCUAAACAUUUUGUAUACUAUUGUGAUUGUUUUUUGUCCAUUCGCUAUAACCAAUAAUUCAUUUAUAACUUUGGAUUGCAACAGUCCAUUGACUGGAAUACAUAACCACCGCAUUGUUUUGGUUUGUGAGUACAAGUCACAUUGGGAGAAAAAUUGCAAUAUUAGCUGGAACUUCAAUGUGAAUUCUUAUUCGACUGAAAUCCCAUGCACAUCUGAUAAUGAAACGACUGGUCAGAAACAAAAAAGAUGUGUUACAGAUUACAAAAAUGUAUCAUUGAUAAUUGAGAAAUCAGAAAUUGUGGAUGAAGGGAAUUAUCAGAUUUUCAUAGACUGUGGGCCAGGUGGCUACAAGUAUAAAAAUAUCCAACUUUUCAUUCAUGCUCCAUAUACUGUUCUACAAGUAUCCAAAAGGAUUGAAGGUGGUGAGAAAGGUUUAUCUUGUACUACACUUGGAUAUCCAUUGGCAAAACCCGACUGGAAAAAUGAAAAUGGCACUAACUUGGCAGCUAAUUUGAGUGUAACACGAACAAAAGAUAAAUUGUUCAACAUCACUACUUACAUUCCAGUUAUUGGAGAACUAUGCGCCAUAAACUAUAACUGCUCUUUAUGCUAUGAAAAUUCAUGUAUUUCUACAAGAUUGAAGUGUUCCAACAAUGAAACAUUCUCUCAGUCAAAGGAAGAAAAGAUCAGAACAGUUUUUGGUAUUCAUUUAUCUCUGGGAUCAAUCAUAGUCCUUUUAAUACUUUUGGCACUUCUGGUGGCGUUUUCCUGGAAAAAGCAAAGUCGUCAAGAUAAUGAAGACUGAAGAUGGCCUGGAAAGACAUUGAUCUUAUUAAUCAAUUUUCUACUAAAUGUAAUUUCUGCGAAAACAUUGUAUCAAAUGAUAUUAAAAACACUUCGUAGAAAUUUACUUGUUUCUAAAAGGUAUGCAAGAAUAAUCAUGAAAAAUAUGAAAAUAAUUUUCCAU